GCACGGAUUCAGCCUAGAAGAAGUGUGUUUUUAGUUUGACUGGAGCCUCUCCUCUCCAAUCAGAUUUGUGGAUCAUGCACUGACAACAAACAAAAGAUCUAGCUAGCGCUAGCUAGCAAUCUGCCCAUGUCUGCUUUUAAUCGUAUCUUACUGAUAAUUUUUAAAAGACCUUCUGUUUACAAUAUUAAUUGACUUGUUAGAUAACUUCAUUUCAUUUGUUACCGUCCUAGCUGCUAUUGUAACGUUAUUAUUUCAUUGUAUAUUUUAAUAUAUAAAACAGUUCGAUCGCCAUGUCCGGGCAGUCCUCGGGCUGUGGGUUUCUAAUGUCGGUUGUUGUUCAUGGGGAUUUGGCUCUCAACGAGCAGGAAAAAGAGCUCAACCAACGACUCAGGCGUCUUUAUCCAGCAGUAAAUGAACAAGAAACCCCGCUCCCCCGAUCUUGGAGCCCCAAGGACAAGUUCAGUUACAUCGGUCUCUCCCAGAACAAUCUUCGGGUGCAUUAUAAAGGUCACGGAAAGACUCCAAAAGAUGCAGCCUCUGUACGAGCAACGCACCCCAUCCCAGCUGCCUGCGGGGUCUAUUACUUUGAAGUCAAAAUCGUCAGCAAAGGACGAGAUGGAUAUAUGGGAAUCGGUCUCUCUGCCCAAGGUGUUAACAUGAACCGACUCCCAGGUUGGGACAAGCAUUCAUAUGGGUACCAUGGUGACGACGGCCACUCUUUCUGCUCCUCGGGGACCGGGCAGCCAUACGGUCCAACGUUUACCACAGGCGACGUCAUCGGCUGCUGUGUCAACCUAAUCAACAACACAUGCUUCUAUACAAAGAAUGGCCAUAGUCUAGGUAUUGCUUUUACAGAUUUACCGCCCAACCUCUACCCCACGGUGGGGCUACAAACUCCGGGGGAGGUUGUGGACGCUAACUUCGGCCAGCACCCGUUCGUCUUUGACAUUGAGGACUACAUGCGGGAGUGGCGGACGAAGAUCCAAGCCCAGAUCGACAGGUUCCCUAUUGGGGAGCGCGAGGGUGAAUGGCAGUCCAUGAUCCAGAGAAUGGUGGCAUCAUACCUGGUGCACCACGGCUACUGCGCCACAGCCGAAGCAUUUGCCAAAUCCACGGACCAGGCUGUGCAUGAGGAGCUCGCCUCAAUCAAGAACAGACAAAAAAUCCAGAAGCUCGUGUUGUCGGGUAGAAUGGGAGAGGCUAUAGAGACGACACAACAGCUUUAUCCCAGCCUGCUAGAAAGAAACCCUGAUCUUUUAUUCAUGCUGAAGGUGCGGCAGUUCAUUGAGAUGGUGAACGGCACGGACAGCGAGGUGCGGUGCCUGGGGGGGCGGAGCCCCAAGUCUCAGGACAGUUACCCCGGCAGCCCCCGGCUCUUCAGCAGCCCCACCCUGAGCCCCAGCCACAGCGCCAGCAUACACAGCCUGGCGUCCCCCGCCAAGCCCAGCAGCUCUCAGUCCUACCUGCCAGGUUUCGACAGCAGUUGCAGUAAUGGUGUGGCAUCCAGCAAGCCCCACCCCCCGCCUCACAGUCACAAGCAGUCACCCCCCAACCUCUCCAACGCAGAGCUCAACAGCAUCAACAGUGCCAGGAACCAGCAAGCAAACAGCUGCACCAGCAACGAUGUGGACAUGGAGGUGGAUCACUAUAGCAAUGGGGUGCCAGAGUCCUCAUCAAAUGGCUUCCUGAAUGGCUCCAAGCACGAAGCAGAACUGGAGGAAUGCGAUGUGGAAAUGGAGGUGGAGUCCAGCCAGCCGCGGCGGCAGCUGUGUGGGGGCAGCCAGGCGGCCAUCGAGCGCAUGAUCCACUUUGGCCGCGAGCUGCAGAGCAUGAGCGAGCACCUGCGCCGAGAGUGCGGCAAGAACUCCACCAACAAGAAGAUGCUGAAGGAUGCAUUUAGUUUACUGGCCUAUUCAGACCCCUGGAGCAGCCCGGUUGGGUAUCAGCUGGACUCCAUACAGAGAGAGCCUGUCUGUUCCACCCUCAACAGUGCAAUAUUAGAGACUCACAACCUGCCCAAGCAGCCCCCCCUGGCCCAGGCUGUUGGUCAGGUCUCCCAGUGCCUGUCAAUCAUGGCUCGCUCAGGGAGUGGCUCCUGUGCAUUCGCCGCCCUGGAGGAUUACCUGCACUAGCUAUGCAAACCGGCCCGCCGGACGUUUGCAACACAAGUGGAGACGGAUUUAUUAAGCCAGAGAAAAAUUACCUUGCAUUUAUUUAUUUUAUUUUUUUAUUAAUUUUGUUUGUUACUUACAGGGGACAGGCUCUGAUUUGUCGCUCAUCUCCUGUUUCCCAGUUUACAAGGCAUGGUGCAAAUGGCCAUUACCACUCUUACUGUUUUCAUUUUUGUUUUGCCUAAUUAGCAUAUACAACUAUAUUUGUUGUUAUUUUUGAAACCAGCAGUGAACACCAAAUUUAGAAAAAGAAAAACAAGGCUUCAAUACUACAAAUCCCUGUAAGUUGCAUGGCGUUCGGCGGAACGUUUUAUCGGACCACUCACAUAUGCGGUCGAGUGCAGUAUAUGUGUCAGCCUGUGUACAUAUAUAUAUGAAUAUAUAUUUAAAACUUAAUGGAAUUAUAUUAACACAAGAAGUUAAAAAAAAUAUUUAGCUACCAAAAGUAAGAAAACCAAAAAAAAAAAAAAACUUUUAUUAUAGAGAUGCAUCUUUUUGUGGUGGAUAUUUGUACGAACGCUUAGUGUAACCUAUGCCAUGGUCGCUGACAAAUCCUUCAGUUCGAAUGGCGAAUUCCGUUUCCUCAUUGAUUUUGCCAUGCCUCCCAGACAGCACACACAUGGGAGAAGCAGGUUUGACGUGACGUGGCUUUGACCUUUUUUGUUUUAUCGUUAUCAUUUUUUGGUCGUUUUUCCACCCCAAUAACGUCAAAGCUUGUCCUCGAACCACAAACAACUCAGGAGCCCAGUGCCCUUCCUUGUUCCUGCGGUAAACGUCUGUAGUCAUUGCAGGCCCAGUGUACUUUCCUGACCUCUUUCAGUGUUUGCUCCGUUUGUUUUUUUGGGCCUGCUCGGAACUUGUGGAACAUUCCUUUGUGCGCCUCGCCAUCGUAGAGGAGAAAAACAAAGGAACAUAAAAAAAAGUAUUGUCAACAGCACUGUGUGGUAAUGACAUUUACAAUAAAUUUUAAAAACCAAAUGCCUAGGAAGACAUUGUGAACCCUGUGCACUCUACAUAUUUUUACAUGCUGCAAUGAGUACUGUUCUGCUCUGAGGAAAAACGGAAACAAAGUGUAUCAUCCCCAUUAACUACCGAUUAAAGUUUAUUUCCAUUGUC